GACGAGCUAGCGGAGGAGUUGAGACUCGGAGCUCCGGAAUCAGCUCGUUCUUUCUUGUUCUUCUUCCCGGCGAAAAUCCGCACCAUGGAGUGGGAGAGACUCCUGUCGAUCCCGGUCUUCGCGGUGUUGCUGCAGAUGGGGUUCGUGUACUACGUCACGGUGUUCUCGUUCCUCGACGAUUGGCUCGGGUUGCGGACCUCGGUGGGGUCGUUGAACGCCAUCAUCUUCACCUCCUUGAUCUGCUACUGCCUCUUCUCCUUCUUCGUCUGCGUCCUCACCGACCCGGGUCGCGUUCCGCCCUCGUACGUCCCCGACGUGGAGGACAGCGACGUCUCGGAUCAAGAAACUAAGCAACCCGUCAUGCUGCCUAGGAAAUGCGACACUUGCUCCAACUACAAGCCUCCGAGGUGUCACCAUUGUCGGGUUUGCAAAAGAUGUGUCUUGAGAAUGGAUCACCACUGUGUAUGGACAAACAAUUGUGUUGGUUAUUGGAACUACAAGGCUUUCUUCAUUCUUGUGCUAUCGGCAACCUUGGGAAGUAUAUACGCUAUGGUAAUUGUUGUCUCCUCUGCAUUCCGAAGGGACUGGGAGUCUACAGGUCAUGCCUUCCCCAAGGUCUUCUAUGUCAUAUGUGGCACACUCAUGAUGAGCCUGAGUCUUAUACUGGGUAGUCUACUGGUUCGGCACAUCUACCUGUUGUCUCAUAACAUGACUACUAUAGAGUCCUAUGAAGCAACACGAGCAGCAUGGUUAGCUCGGAAAUCGGGGCAGAGCUAUCGUAACCCAUUUGACCUUGGGUUCUACAAGAAUGUGACACUGGUGUUAGGUCCAAACAUGAUGAAAUGGUUAUGGCCAACAGCAGUAGGCCACCUGAAAGAUGGGAUCUCUUUCAGGGUCACACGCGAUACCUUGUAAAACUGUUCGUAUUCCACAGCCUGUGCUUAUACUAUCGACUGCCUAUUUGGUUCCAUUUUCUUUUCGAAUCUUUGGAGGAGGGGUGAGCACAUUUUUGAAACUCUCGGGCGGGAAAAACUUCUCUAUACAUAGAACUCAAUGACUGACACGAUAUAUGAUAUGAAGAUCUCCAAUAGAAACCAGGGGCAGUAUAUACUUGUUUAGAAUGCUCAGCGUGCCAGAAGCUUUUUUUCACAGGAACUUAAAGGAGAACAUUUCUUUGUUAGUAUUGUUUGGAGGCUGGAGUGUACAUUCACUUGUAUUUUAUAAGGUAUCAUCCCCUUCGAUGAGGCGUUGCACAUUCAUUAUGUGCGUAUUUGUUCUUGCUAGAUCCUUUUGUUUGACUAUGUAAUGUGACCAAUCUUUGGUUCAAAUCGGGUUCCUCA